AUGUCUUUGCGCUUCGGCCGGAAGCAGCCCAGGCAGUCUGCCAAUGCCCUCUCGACUACCGAUGACGGCGCGCGUUCCACCACGCCCACUCCCGGCAAUCCCAGUGGGCACCCUCUCUCGCGGUCGGGUCUUCUAGCCAUUCGUGUCUUAUGGGCGGAGGGCCUUGAGCUUCCUGGAGCAGCUGCCGUGCCGCCAGCAGUGCAGCAGGCACUGUCCUCUCAGCAGGCCAAGGUUGCUGCAUCCGUGUCACCGUCCAGCGUUACCCAGCAACGGCUCGCAAACCGCAGGAGCAACCGCGACAGCGUGCAGAGGAAGCAAUGCUGGUGGCUUCCGUACCUCGUCAUGGAGUUCGAGGUCAACCAGGUCCUGAUCACGCCGCUCGGAGGCGAGCUGUCCAAGCCGCUGUACAUGUAUGAGACAAACUUCGAUGUGUCUCGACACUCUGAGAUAUCGAUUCAGUGCUAUCUCCGCACGGAGGAGCCUAAGCGCGGCGGGGACGGGGUCGCCGACGACAUGGGCAAUGAUCUCUUCAUGGGUGGCGUGCGCUUCACGCCGGACUUCGAGGACUCGUCGCCUCAGGACCAGUGGCACGAGCUCGUUAGCGGCGCUGGCCGAAUCCAAAUCGGGGUCGCAUUCAAGCCGAGCAGCGGGCAGUCGCUAACGAUCGACGACUUUGAGCUGAUCACGGUGAUCGGCAAGGGGAGCUUCGGCAAGGUGAUGCAAGUGCGCAAGCGCGACACGUCGCGGAUAUAUGCCCUGAAGACGAUUCGGAAGCAGCACAUUGUUGAGCGCGGCGAGAUCACGCACACGCUCGCGGAGCGCAUGGUACUCGCCCGCGUGAACAACCCGUUCAUCGUUCCGCUCAAGUUCAGCUUCCAGUCGGAGCAAAAGCUGUAUCUCGUGCUUGCGUUUGUGAACGGCGGAGAGCUCUUCCACCAUCUGCAAAGAGAACAGCGAUUCGACGAGGAGCGGAGUCGGUUCUACAGCGCGGAGCUGCUGCUUGCAUUGGAACAUCUUCAUGAGCUCGAUGUGGUAUACCGUGAUCUGAAGCCCGAGAACAUCUUGCUGGAUUACACAGGCCACAUUGCGCUGUGCGACUUCGGAUUGUGCAAGCUUAACAUGAAGGACUCCGACACGACGAAUACGUUCUGUGGUACUCCUGAAUAUCUCGCGCCGGAGAUCCUGAAUGGCCAUGGAUACAACAAGACGAUCGACUGGUGGACGCUGGGAGUCCUUCUGUACGAAAUGCUUGCGGGCCUUCCACCGUUCUACGAUGAAAUCACGGACAAAAUGUACCAGAAAAUCCUGCACAAUCCGCUCGUCUUCGGCGACGAGAUUGGUGCAGAGGCGCGGAGCAUCCUCACCGGCCUCCUCACGCGUGAUCCCUCGCAGCGUCUGGGAGUCAACGGCGCUGACGAGAUCCGACGGCACCCCUUCUUCGAGAAAAACAUCGACUUCAAGAGGCUGCUCCAGAAGAAGAUCCAGCCGCCGUUCAAGCCGAGCGUCUCUAGCCCCGUGGACGUGUCGAACUUUGACACUGUGUUCACUGCUGAGGCGCCCCUGGACAGCGUUGUAGAGGGCUCGCAGCUCUCGCAAACCGUCCAAGCACAGUUUGCCGGCUUCUCGUACGACGGGACCAACAUGCCUGUCAGCCCGCAGUGA